UCACGUAGGAUGGCUUUCCCUAGCCUAUGCACACAUACCUUCCUAACACUGUUCCGUGCAUCCCACCGGCGUCCUUGUACAUAAUGUUCUGACAGAUGGCUGGGUCUCUAAUGGGACCUUUGUUCUGGCCUUUCCUAACUCUCCAAGUGUGGUUUCAUCAGACACAUCACUUCUCAACUCCAGACCUCUGAGUCCUUAUUAGUAAAAUAAGAGACUUGGACUGACCUACUGGCCUACCUCUGAGGUUCCUUCCAUUUUGUUAAUUCUGUGAUACUCCUUUAGGGUCCCUUGUGGCUGAGCUGGGGAGGGGUGAGCGAGGUCCAGAACUGGGUUGAGAUGGUGGCCUUAUAUGUGUCCAGAAUCUGAUCUUCUGAAAACUCUUCAGGGAUGGAGGACUUGGGUCCUUCUUUAAUACAAAAGCCAUUGGGUUCUGCAUGGUAGAACAGAAGUGGAUGUUUCUUACAAUAAAAGCUAUGUCAGUUGAACUUGCAGUGCCGAGAUCCCAUAUUAUCCAGGCAUACUCAGCAGUCCCUGUCCUAUGCAACUGAAGAAAGGUGAAAAGCAGACAUUACCCACCCCGUAUGGACGGAGCUUUUCCUCUCGCUGAGGCUUCUCAAAGCUAGCCCUGUUGUUGUGCAGCCUGUCAGACCAAAGCCAUUAAGAGCCAUCCUGCAGGCCCUGCUCGAUCUCACCCACCCCUUAAAGAAAGAAAAAAGAGCAGUGACAGAAAUGACAAAGCACAUUACCCUGGAAAUCUCUUGGGUGUGGGUAGCAGUAUCUCUAGCCAGGCUCCUCUGAGGCUUGUCUGACCCAGCCUCCAACAUAAUCCUUUACUUCUUACAGAUACAAGGGAUAAAGCAGCACUACAUGACCACAUCCAAAUGGCUGUCCUCCAAGAUGGGAGUAUCUUCUCUUUCAGCCAUGUCACAGCCCAGAGUAGGAGAAGGCUGCAUCCCUGCGAGAUAAGAUGCCAGAUAUCUCAUUGACCCAUAAGUUCAUAUACUGGGGCAUCAGAUGAGGGAGAUGGAAUCAGGGAAUCAAAAUGAUUUCGAAGUGUGGGGCUCAGCUAUCCUAUCUCCAAAAGUUUACAGUCCUCAUGGGGAGGCAGACUUUACUUACUGAAGAUAAAACCCGCCCUGUGUCGUAGCUAUUGCCUUCUGUCCAGUGUGAACAAGACCAUCUCUACCUACCUGACCAUCAGACCCGCAAUCCCCCAGAGCCCCUCAGAUGGAAGUCCCAGCCUGGAUUUUUUCAGUAGUUCUUAGAUUUCCCUUCACCCUGAGGACAAGAUUUUAGAAUGGAGGGAAGAUGUUCCUGGGGCACUGGAGGGAAUAAAGCAGUACUAUGCAUGUUCCUCACUACCUUUCAGGAUGGAGCAGGGUACCCCUACCACCACCCAUGGAUAAGGAUGCAGUCUAGUCUGGCUGAUAGGAAACCUCUGAGAAUUCAAAUUCUUUCCUUCCUAAAGGUUUGAAGCUAGAUGAGUGCUUGAGGGUGUAAAAACACAUGGCCACAAGAAGCCAAUGGCUGAAAAAUCAAAAGCUAGUUUCUAAAGUAGGUCCAGGGAAGGUAGAAUUGGAGAUGUAUUUGGACCUUGGGGAAAACUGUUUACAAUUUCAUCUUUAUCUUCAGUCAUCCAAAAUCACCUAAAUGAAGUAUGCAACAUGAACAGACACUGUCCCUUCUUGAAUUUAGCCAGAACUGACCUGUACACCAUAGAUUAAAAAAACCAGGGCAUAGCAGCUCUGGGGGAUGGGAGGAGUUAGGGUCCAGCCCAGCCCAGACCUCCCCGUGUCCAAUUUCUCUGUGUCAGCUGUGUCGCUCAGCUGUCCACUUUCCUCCAGCCCUGUCAUUUCAGCUCUGACACCAAGGCGAGAGACUAGGAGGUCUACAAAUAACGUCUGGGUAGCCGGUGUGAGUACAGAGGGUACUGGGGGGGCUUAGCCCCCAAGGAAGAGGACCAGUCCUCCCCCAGCACCACCAUCAAGACCCCAGGGGCUCCCUCUUCCCUCCACAGACUGUGGGCUGAAUUAGGGAAUCCCAAACGAUGACAGAAAAGGAGGUGCUGGAGUCCCCUAAGCCCUCCUUCCCAGCAGAGACUCGGCAAAGUGGGCUACAGCGGCUGAAGCAGUUAUUCAGGAAGGAGUCUCCCGGGACAAAGGAGAUGGAGCUUCCCCCAGAGCCCCAGGCCAAUGGGGAGGCAGUGGGAGCUGGGGGUGGGCCCAUCUACUACAUCUAUGAGGAAGAGGAGGAAGAAGAGGAGGAAGAGCCACCCCCAGAACCUCCUAAGCUUGUCAAUGAUAAGCCUCACAAAUUCAAAGAUCAUUUCUUCAAGAAGCCCAAGUUCUGUGAUGUCUGUGCCCGGAUGAUUGUGCUCAACAACAAAUUUGGGCUUCGCUGUAAGAACUGCAAAACUAACAUCCACGAGCACUGUCAGUCCUAUGUGGAGAUGCAGAGAUGCUUCGGCAAGAUCCCCCCUGGUUUCCACCGGGCCUAUAGCUCCCCACUCUACAGCAACCAGCAGUACGCUUGUGUCAAAGAUCUCUCUGCAGCCAAUCACAAUGAUCCUGUGUUUGAAACCUUGCGCACUGGGGUGAUCAUGGCAAACAAGGAACGGAAGAAGGGACAGGCAGAUAAGAAAAAUCCUCUAGCAGCCGUGAUGGAAGAGGAGCCAGAGCCUGCCAGACCAGAGGAAGGCAAACCCCAGGAUGGAAACCCUGAAGGGGAUAAGAAGGCUGAAAAGAAGACACCUGAUGACAAACACAAGCAGCCUGGCUUCCAGCAGUCUCACUACUUUGUGGCUCUCUAUCGAUUCAAAGCCCUGGAGAAGGACGAUCUGGAUUUCCCGCCUGGAGAGAAGAUCACAGUCAUUGAUGAUUCCAAUGAGGAGUGGUGGCGGGGGAAAAUAGGGGAGAAGGUUGGAUUUUUUCCUCCAAACUUCAUCAUUCGGGUCCGGGCUGGAGAGCGUGUGCACCGAGUGACCAGAUCCUUCGUGGGAAACCGUGAAAUAGGGCAGAUCACUCUCAAGAAGGACCAGAUCGUGGUCCAGAAAGGAGAUGAAGCCGGCGGCUACGUCAAGGUCUACACCGGCCGCAAGGUGGGGCUGUUCCCCACCGACUUCCUGGAGGAGAUUUAGGCGCGCGGGCGCUGCGGCCGGGAGAUACCCAGGCCCCACUCUGGGCGGGCCCAGGGGAGGUUGGGGAGGAAGGGGCGAC